AUGGGGCGAAGUGGGCUUUUUGGCGGCCGCUGCAGGAACUUGGCAAACGCGCAAUACGACAUGGGGCUUCAAGGGUGUUGGGGCCAAAACCCAAUCGAGCGUCGCGCCAUCCUCCCAUUGACCGCACUCCAGGGGGAACUGUUUAGGCAGGCUGGGCCUACCAGAGCAGAGCCUCGCUGCAAGACGGAAUUCGAGAUUGCUUUACAUCCUUCCAGUUUCUUACAGUUUCGCGACCCUCGUGCGCGGCUGUUUGAGGCUGAUGCGUCGAACAUCUACAAGUCCUCCGGAACCUACCUGGGCUCUAUGGGACUCGUGGGGCCCAUGGGGCUACUGGGUCCAUCAGAGUAUACUUCUCGAGCCCAACCAUGGAUCCGAGACUUCAAGCUUGGGCCGAACCGGCUUAUCACAAGAGCUCAUUAA